CUCUCCCCUGAUCACCCCGAGGGAAUCCGCCCACAGGAUCAACAACAGGUGGUGGAGGGUGGGAAAACAUAUAAAGCUCCUUGGGAGCAGCUUCUUGGAUCUGUCCUGGCUGCCUGGAUCUGCUCCCAGCAUGAAGAAGCUCCUGGUUGGAUUCCUGCUGGGCCUGGCAUUCGUGGAGUUGGCCCAGUCCCUGCGAUGUUACACGUGCAAGGAGCCCACAGACAUUUCCCGGUGCAUGAAAGCCACCGUGUGUCCCCCAAAAGCCACCGUGUGCACCACGACGCUGCACUCCGUGGAGACAGGUUAUCCCUUUUUUGGCAACAUUACCGUGACCAGGGACUGUGAGGAGGAAUGCCUCUCCUACGAUGGGAUAGGGGCAACGAGGCCCAAGACCUGCUGCUUCACUGACUUGUGCACGGAUGACGCCAGGAGCAGCAGUGGGCUGAGGAGCAGCUCUGCAGCGCUGAGCCUGGUGGCCAUGGUGGCCGGAGCAGUCCUCCAGGGCUCCCUGUGAGGUCACAAGUCUCCCAGCUCCAGGCAGAAGCCCACCACUCUCCCUGCCAAGCUGCCUCAUGGACUCUUAGAUGCUUUGGGAAUGUCCUUCUUCGCUGACAUGUGGCUUCACCCCAUCUCCAACGCUGGAUUCAAGCAAAGAGUUUGGACACCUGGACUUAAACCUCUCAAAUCUCCAGUUUCCAGCUGUUAAAGCAGAUGUUCCUCACCUUCAGCUGCUUCUGGUCCUCAGGACCCACAGAGAAUGGGUUGGAAGGAACCUUCAGGAUCAUCCAGUUCCAACCCCCUGCCAUGGGCAGGGACACCUUCCACUAUCCCAGGUUGCUCCAAGCCCCUCCAACCCAGCCUGGAACAAUUCCAGGGGGGGCAGCCACAGCUUCAGCUUCUCUGGGCAACCUGUGCCACGUCCUGAGCGAGAGGAGCAGAUGGAUCUGGGCCCAGUUACUUCCUGCCCAUCAGGGUGUGGGUGGCAACUGCAGAUAGCUGGCACUUGAUUCCAAGGAUAAGCUAAGAAAUGAGUUCAGAAGGGCUCAACUUCCCUGUGGGAAUGGGAUGGAUUUCUGGAAAGCUCAGAACACUCCCUGGACUGACAUGCCAGGGUAGGUCAGACCUGCAAACCCAAAUAUCCAAGUUUGGCCAGACAAAUACUACCCCACCCUCAGCCUCUGCCUGAGCUCAGGUUGGAGUCGGAGCUCCCAGAUUUCCCUUUCCAGGUAUUUUAAAGACUAUUCCAAGCAAAUUCUUCUGUUGCUCUGCCAUCCCUCCUGAGCAAAAACUGCAGGAUAGGAAAAGUAAUGGUUAUCCCAGAUCCUCAACUCUGGAAAAAAUCUGUUAAAAGUGCUGGGAUCCCAGCUGGGAUUUGCUUGGAGUAGCUGUAGGAAUGAUUCUAAUGUAAAAGCAUCUGGAGUGGAAGCAGAUAUGGAUGAGCCAGGUGCGCCCAGCUCACAGAGAUCCAGGGAAUUUGCCAUUCCCUCUGUUCCUAUUGCCAGGGACCAUCCAGAGGAUCAGGAAGCAAAAGCAGAAUGGAGCAUGCUUACACCCCAUGCACCAUCCUUGUGUCUUCAUGGCACCCCUGCAACCUCCUCUGUAGCAGUCUAUUUUUCCUCCUUUUUUUUUUUUCCUUUUUCCACUCUGUUUCCCUAAGAAACAAAAUCAGGGGGGCUCUUUUCCUCCUUGCACUGAGGGAAUUGUUUCUCAAGGUCUGUCUCAGUACCAUUUAGAAGAAAAUGCUUGGCAAUUUUGCAUUCCUUGGCAGAGGUCCCUGUGAGCUCAGGAGGAUGAUGAGCCCUUUUUCCUGGAGGUGAAACCCUCAGAACUCCACUAAAACACUGACAACUUCCCUGAGACCCCCUGGCAAUGCUGAGAUCUACAGGGCAAAAAUGCCAUGGAGAGGAUAAUAAUUGGAAGUUACUCCAAUCCCGGUAUUCCACCCACCCUCGCAGACACUGAGCUCCAGCCCCUGCUUCCCACUCGUCUGUUCUGUUUUUCCCUGCUCCAAAAACCAGUCGGAUGUGUCAGGCCAGAAGCAAAACUCCAUCCCUGCCAUCCUCAGAGCUCAUUCCUUUUUUUAUCCUGGCUUCCAGCUCUAUCUCCAGUGGCCUUUCCAUGUUUUCUGCAGCAUCCUGGGCUCUGCUUUCCACGUGUGCAUGGGGCAGGGUCUGGAUAUAGAGGGACUGGGAGGGUGAGGGUUCCCUUCUGGGUGAGAAUUUCAUAAAUAAAGUUGGAUUCUCUGGUUUUCA